AAAGAACACCAUCAACUCACUAAAUGCUGUGCAUGUCAUUUUAGACGUAUUUAUUCGUCAAGAUGCCAAAUCCCAAAACUAAAAUCCAAGCAAGCACCAGCACGAUCACCAAAAUGCUUCCUCCGAUGCUCAAAUGAGAUUAUUCUCGAAAUCGCCAGCUACCUGGACCUGCAGGGCUUUAGAUGUAUUAUUCCAAGCAUCCCCUGACUUGCAAAAUGUUCUGCGUAUUCCACUUCACAAUCUUGCAUCCAGUGCCUGGAAACAUCAGCAUAACCCCAUGACUAACUCACUCAACAUAUUGGAAUGGGCUGCGCAGGAGGGCUAUGCAGCUGUGAUUCAAGGGCUUCAGGCUCGACCAAGGGAACAUGACUUUCCAUGUCACGCAAAGAAUGAUGCCCUGCGUCUAGCCGCAGCCAAUGGUCACUUGCGGCACGUUGAUCCAUUGCUAGGUAUGGGUGCUGAAUUAUUGCCUCUUCCUUUUAUAUUCCCGUUUGCGCAUUACACGCCACUACAACUGGCGGCGAAAAAUGGCCAGCUAGCUAUGCUAGAAUUCCUUCUCGUGAGAGGCGCGGCACCAGGAACCUUGAGUCGUGGAUAUCUAACACCCUUGGAAUAUGCGUUGAAUAACAACCGCACGCGUGUUGAGUUGGAAACUUGUCUCAGCAUAGCAGCAAAUAUGGGCCGCCUAAGUACUGUGCAAGUACUUCUUGAAAAGGGGGUUGGCAAAAACGGUACCAGAGUUAUUGACGGUCGAAUCCUGCGGCAUGCAGUGUCGAAGGGCAAUGUGGAAUGCACUCGGGUCCUAUAUAAGCAUGGUGCGUGGUUUGAGCCCGAGGCUCUUUUGCAGAGUGCAAUAAUCCAUGGGCAUGAGGCUAUGGUGCAGGUUUUACUGGAGCGUGGAGCUUCAUGUCCCGGGCGUACUGCAUAUUGCAGGGCAUUGGAAUUUAGCCAAUGGUCGAUUUUUAAAUUAUUGCUGGGAUCCCGUGUUGGUGCACAGCACUAAGAGAGAUACUGCCCUACACUUGGCAGCACAUAUUGGUGAUGAGAAAGUUGUGCAGUUGCUUUUGGCUAAUAGAGCCGAUGCUUCUGCGCCUGAUGAGGAUGGGCUCAGACAUUUGCAUUAUGUUGUAGGUGCAGUAUCGCUGCAUUUGAAUGUCUAUGAUGACUGGGUUAAGACGUUGACCUAGAUAAGAGCCACAUAAGGAUUAUCGGGAUGCUCUUGGAGAAAGGAGCCUGCGUCUCAGAGACUGAUCGUUUUGGACACACUGCGAUUGAC